AUGUCCGAACAGCAAUCCAACGGUAUUCCCAGCGUUGCUGGCCUCAGCGACCGCACUCGCGCCAAAUGGGCAGCCGCAUCAACGCCAGAAGAAAUCGCCGCCAACCUUCCCCCCAUGCUCGACCUGACCAUUGAAAACAUCACCGAGAACGUCAUGAAGAUCAACUCCAUGUGCGAUAACCCUAGACUGCGCUACCUCAUCCUCAAACUCAUCCAAACCGCCCACGACUACGUCCGGGAAGUCGGUCUGCAAUUCGAUGAAUGGGAACAAGCAUGGCAAUUCCUAACCAAAGUCGGCCAAAUCUCCACUGAUGUGCGCCACGAAUUCGUCCUCCUCUCCGACAUUCUCGGAAUAUCCGCUCUCGUCGACGCCAUUUCCUACCCCACCGUGCCCGGCGCCACCGAAUCCUCAGUCCUCGGCCCCUUCCACGACGAAGAAGCCCACUCCUUCCAAUACGGCGAAUCGAUCUCUUCCGCCGGAACCCCCGGCGAACCCACCAUCGUCCGAGGCUGGAUCAAAGACACAGAAGGCAGCACAGUGCCCAAGGCCCUAAUCGACGUGUGGGAAACCGACGGCAACGGCGUCUACGACCUCGAGUACGACGGCUCCCAAGACCCUAACUGCCGCGGAAAGAUACUCUCCGAUGAAAAGGGCCACUAUCUCUUCGCGUGCGUUAAGCCCGUCGCAUACCCCAUCUCCAAUGACGGUCCCGUCGGAGAGCUUCUUCGGAAAUUGAAGAGGCAUUGGUUCCGUCCUGCCCAUAUGCACUUCAUGAUCGCGCACCCCGAAUAUACCAAAUUAAUCACAGCCCUAUACUCCCGGGACAGCAACUUCGUAGAAAGCGACACUGUCUUCGGUGUCAAGAAGAGUCUGAUUGUGGAUUACAACUGGUGCGAGGAUCUGGAAUUGGCCAAGUUGCAUAACGUGGAACCUAUGGUUAAGACGAUUAAAGGACGCGAGUCGAAGGGGUUCUGGCUUCUGGAACAGGACUUUGUUCUGGUGAAGAAGAGUCCGCCGCCGCCGAGGAAGACGGAGGAUUAG